CCAUAAUCAUCAUCAUCAAUCAUGAGAAAAGUUUCUUUGUUAUUCUUUUGUUGCAUUGUGGCAACAAGUUUAAGUCUCAAUGUAGUUUUAGCACACGAGAUGGUCGUGAAUGCUCCAAACACGAUUAAAGAUAUAGAGCCGUACAUCUCGAAUAGAGCCCUUGGGUUUGUGUUGAAAUUGGAGAACAAUUGUCCUAUAAGAGAACAGCUAAGAUCAUUCUUUGAUAAGCUAAAGGAUCUCUUGAAGUUGGAGUCUUCUGUUACGCCGCUGAUCGAAGACAAUGAACCAAAGACAUUCAAGUUUGAUCUUAAAUCGAAAUCCGAAAAUCUCUUGCAAACGAUGUUUAUGAUUGGGAAAGGACUGUUGAGUUCAAGUGUAAGAAAGGAGAUGUUCGAAGUGAUGAAAUCGCUCACUGAGUUACAUGCUGCGAUCGGUAGAGUUAUUAUAGAGAAACAUAUAAAAGGUGAUGAAUCAAUGUCACUUUCGUUGGAACAAAAGAAUGCAGUAGAAAACUCGAUAACUGAAUGGGAACAAACGAUUACCCGAAUUGUGAAGAUUGUUGUAGAGGUUAAAUCAAAAAGUUCAAGUCAGGCUUCGUGGAAAGAAAGCAGUACUACUGAACACAACAAUGUUUCUAUGGACGGUAACAUGGUGGCGACCAAUGGAGAAAAUUCCGAAUCCACGCAAGAAAAAUCAGAUGGCGUUAAAGGAAGCAAUGGAGGUGAUGUAUCAAUGGAGACUCAACAAGGAAAUAAGGUGGACGAUCUUAAAGAAGGUAAUACUGUUGUUGAGAAUGGCGAAACAAAAGAGAUUAAUGGUGAAAAUGCAGAAUCUAAUAACGAGAAGGCAGUAGAGGGUCAAGGAGAAAGUAUUGGAGAUUCGGCCAUAGAUAAGAAUUUGGAAUCUAAAGAUGAUGUUAAGUCGGAGGUAGAGGCUAAAAAUGAUGGAAGUUCCAUGAAAGAGAACUUGGAAGAAAUUCAAAGAAACAAUGGAGUUUCAACAAAAGAUACGAAUUUGGAGAACAAAGGAAGUGAGGUGGAGUCUAAAGAUGAUAAAAUGGUAAAUGCUACAACAAAUGAUGAAGAUAACACGAAAGAAAAUAGGGAAGAGAAUCAAGAAAACAAUGGAGAAUCAUUGAAGGAUGAGAAUUUGGAGAACAAAGAAAGUGAGGGAGAGUCUAAAGAUGAUAAAAUGGUAAAUGCUACAACAAAUGAUGAAGAUCACACGAAGGAAAAUAAGGAAGAGACUCCAGAAAACAAUGGAGAAUCAUUGAAGGAUGAGAAUUUGGAGAAUAACGUAGGUAAUAAAGAAUUAAAGGGUAAUGGAUCGGUAGAGGCCAAGACAAAUAAUGAAAUUUCUAUGGAAGCAAAGCGAGAAGAGACUCAAAGAAGUAAUGAAGUUUAUAUGAACAAAGAAACAACAAAAGGUGAAAAUGCUGAUUUUAAUAAAGAGAAGGAAUCAAAUAUUCAAGGAGAGAGUAUCGGAGACUCAACGAAAGGUAUCAUUUUGGAGGAUAAAGAAGAUGUUAAGCCAGAGGUAGAUUCUAAUGUAAGUGAUGGAAGUUCCACGAAGGAAAGGCAUCAAGAGGCUCAAGGAAAUGAUGAAGUUUCAACAAAAGAUAAGAAUUUGGAUAACAUAGGAGCUGAUGAAGAGAGAAAAUAUGACAAAUCAGUAAAGGUUAUGACAAACGAUGAAGGCCAUACGAAAGAAAAGAGGGAAGAAACUCAAGGAAACAAUGGAGAAUCAGUGAAGAAUGAGAACUUAGAGAAUAAAGAAAAUAAGAAAGAAUUGAAGGAUGAUGGAUCUGUAGAUGAAAAAACAAAUAAUGAAAGUUCCUUAGAAGAAAAGGGGGAGCAAACUCAAAGAGGUCACGAUAAUUCUGUGAAUAGCAAGUUAGUGGAGAACAAAGGUGGAAAUGCAUAUUCUAACAAGGAGAAGAGAGUACAUGUUGGAGACUCAACUAAUGAUAAUAAUAUUGAGAGUAAAGCUAAAUCAGAGGCAGAAGUCAAGAAAAAUGAUGGAAGUUCCAUGAAGGAGAAGGGAGAAGAGGGACAAGGGAACAACAUAGAAUCAAUGGAAGAUAAGAACUUGGAGAACAAAGAAAGUCAUACUGAUUUAAAGGAUGAGAAGUCCAUUGCGGAUAAGCAAAAUGUGAGAACUACCAUGAAAGACAAGCAAGAAGAAUCUCAAAUAAACGUGGGAGAGUCUAAAGAUGAUAAAAAAGAAAACCGAGAAGAGGAUAAAGGAGGUAGUGGUGAAGAUACCAAAGAAGACAAGGAAGAGUCUAAGGACUAUCAGUCAGUUGAGGGUAAGGAAAAUAAUGAAAGUUCCAUGAAAGGAAAACAACAAAAGGUUCAAGAAAAUGGUGGAGUGUAUACAAAGGUGGGUAACAAUGAAGAUAGUAAAGAUUUAAAGGACGAUAGAUCAGUGGAGGUUAAAGCAAAUAAGGAAAAAUCCAUGAAGAAAAAGCGUGAAGAAGUUCAAAGAAACGACAGAGGAAAAGAUUCCAAAGAUAGUAAGUCAGUUGAAAUCAACGGAGUGAAAGAUGAUUCUAUGAAAGAAGAUUCCAAAAAUGGUAACAUAAACGAAAUAAAUAAUGGUAAGGAAGAUUCUGUGAAGGAUAAUGUGACGGAGAUUCAAGGAAAUGAUAAUAGUUUGACAAACAGUAGAUCAAUGGAGCCCAAUGGAGAUAAACUAGAUAUCAAUGAAGAUUCUAUGAAAAAUAAGACAAUGGAAGCUCAAGGAAAUAGUAAUGGAGAUUCAACAAAUGGCGAAACAGAGGAGACUAAAGAGAGCAAUAUUUCUAUGAACAAUCAAAAUAUGCAGGAUGUAGGAAGCAAUGCAAAUUCUAUGAAUAAUCAAACAGCAGGAGAUGGCGUAAUUUCCACAACAAAAGAGGAAACAAGAACAUAUAUCGAGAGGAACACUUCUAAAGAAGUUACAAGUUUCAUAUCAAACCUUGAGAAGAAAUCUCCAGGCACACAGGAGUUCCAAAGCUUUUUUCAGAAACUUAAAGAUUAUAUGAAAUACGUGUGUCCGGUCUCUUCAACAUUUGAGGCAAAAGAUUCAAGGUCUUACAUGUCUGAGAUGAUAAGUAUGGCCACAAAACUGUCUAACGCUAUGGCUGUCUUGCAAGCCAAGAAAAGUGGGUCAGGACAGAUGAAAACAACACUACAAGGAUAUCAACAAGAAGUGAUGAAGACUCUAACUAUCUUACAAUCGGUUAUGGGAAAAGUCGUAUCCGAACAACAAAGCAAGAAUAGUGGUUCAUUGACGCUUACGUUAUCACAACAACAAGCAAUCAAGGGAAUAGUGUUGAAAUGGGAACAAGUGAUGUCUCAAUUUGUGAAGAUCGCUACAGAGAGUGAGAAACAAUUUUCACUCGAGAUUUCAACUGAAAACGGCUACCACAUGAAGAAAAGUUCUAACUCUAGCUCGAGUUCGAGUUCGAGUUCAAGUUCAAGUUUGGAUUUCAUACAUAACAGUGAAAAUUUGAAGGGGGUGGAUAUGAAUGGGUAGAGAGUACAUUAUGUGAAUAAUAAACUCCACAUAAUAUU